AUGAAUUUGAGAUUUUGCGGUCUGCGUGCGCAUCGUUUCCUGACGUCAGGAUUAUCCAGACAGAUCAUUUCUCCCUUCCGUCGCAUAUCCACAGAAACUAGAGUUCAGACAUCAGAUUCCCAGUUGACUGUUCCUGCUCUCGGCGCCUCUUUCCCCCAUAGAUGGCUCCGAGACGCGUGCCAAUGCGCAGCCUGCGUGCAUCCAUCUACAUCUCAGAAGCUUCAUAGGACAUCAGACAUUCCCGCUGACGUUCGUCCCGUUCCCCACGGUGUAACCUUCCAGGAAGGUGGUAUUCACAUUGAGUGGGCAGACAGUCACAAAUCAUUCUACGAGCACUCUUUCUUGGAACAGUACUCGUCCGCUCCACGACUGUCGUCUUUUCACAAAGAUGUGCAACCUAUAUCUUGGGACGUAUCCUCCGUCUCCAAAGCACCUGACCUCUUCAUGACCUACGAAGCCAUCAAGAAACCUGCCCGUCUUCUCUCUGCCAUUACACAGCUUACUCGCUAUGGGAUACUCUUCCUCACAGGUGUCCCGAACACCGAACACGCAGACGAGACAUGCGAGCUCCGCAAACUUGCCAAUAUCUUCGGCCAAGUACGCGAAACCUUCUAUGGGGAGUUGUGGGAUGUCAAGAACAUCCACAACAGCAAAAAUAUCGCGUAUACUAACCUUGACUUAGGUAUGCAUAUGGAUCUCUUAUACUACCAGCAUCCUCCUCGAUAUCAGAUUCUCCACUGCCUUCGCAAUCGCGUAGUAGGCGGUACUUCGCGUUUUGUUGAUGGCCUACGCGCUGCGGAGACAUUGCGCAAGACCCAUCCAGUGGACUUCGACACCCUGGCUACAACACCGGUUCCAUUCCAUUAUAUCAAUGAUGGACAUCACCUUCAUUACGAGCACCCUACCAUCGAACUCGCUCCAUUGCCCACGGCUAUAGAUCAGACCACCGAUAUAUCCGCGCCAAGAGUGCCAGAAAUAAAGCACAUUAAUUAUUCUCCGCCUUUCCAAGCUCCUCUGCUAUUAGAUUCGACUCCCCCCUCAUUUUACAGCGCCCUAGGGCGGUACGCCGCUCAACUUGACGACCCUCUGAACAUCCUAGAAUAUACCCUGCACGAAGGCGAUGCCGUCUUGUUCGACAAUCGGCGGGUCUUGCACGCACGCACUUCAUUCACUGACGAUGACUCGAGUGCGGGUGCAGAUGCCGAGACGAAUCGGUGGCUGAAGGGUUGUUAUCUCGAAGCUGAUGCAAUAUUAGAUCGGGGAAGGGUGUUGAGGACGAAGCUUGAUAAGGGCUCUCUCUAG